AUGCAAACCCUCUCGUAUGAUCGCCUGUCCGAACAAUUUGAACACCUUAAGGGUCUUCCAGUUAGAAGUUACACCAAGGCAGUACCGAAGCUGCUGAUCGGAGUUAACAACUUGGACUUGAUGGUUCCGCGGAAAGUGCGUGAAAGACUGCGGCGCGAACCUGUUGCUGCGAAAACCAGGCUAGGGUGGUGCAUCUAUGGAGGGACAGCAAGCGAUGGCCAAAGAUCAUCAGUCAACUACCAUGCCUGCGGAUGUACGUCGGAUCAAUCCCUACAUGAUCUCGUCAAGGACUUCUUUACUACGGAGGAAGUCAUCAUGCAGCCCGUCGUUCCCCUAGUAUCCGAGGCAGACAAGCGCGCUCAACGAAUAAUGGAGGAAACUACGAUCCGAGUAGGCAAUCACUUCGAGACCGGCCUAUUAUGGAAGUUCGACCACGUAGAGCUUCCAGACAACUACAGCAUGGCCCUUCGGCGUUUAGAGUGUCUUGAAAAACGUAUGGAUCGGAACCCGGAUCUUCGAGAAGCUUUGCAACGUCAGCUGGAAGACUAUCAGCUGAAAGGCUACGCGCAUCGUGCCACAGAAGCGGAGUUAGCUAGCGCCGACAUUCGUCGAGUAUGGUAUUUGCCGCUAGGAGCGGUAGUAAAUCCUCGAAAACCAGGCAAGAUCCGAAUGAUUUGGGAUGCUAGAGCGGCCAUAAACGGGAUUUCUCUGAAUUCGGUACUGCUGAAGGGUCCUGACCAGCUGACAUCACUUCCUGGUGUUCUCGUGCGCUUCCGUCAGUUCAAGGUGGGCGUCUCCUCCGACAUACGAGAGAUGUUCCACCAAAUCUUUAUACGUAAGGAGGAUCGUCACUCGCAGCGGUUUCUGUGGCGGAUGAAUCCCGCCGACAAUCCCGACGUGUAUCUCAUGGAUGUCGCCACAUUCGGCUCAACGUGUUCCCCUGCGUCUGCUCAACACAUUAAAAACAAGAACGCUAGGGAGUUCCAAGAGCUGUAUCCACGAGCAGUCGAAGGCAUAGUGGACAACCAUUACGUAGACGACUCCCUGGAAAGCUACGAAUCAACGGAGGAGGCGAUCAGGGUGUCCCAAGAAAUGCGUUAUGUACACGAACAGGGCGGUUUCGAGUUGAGGAACUGGCUGUCAAACAGUAACGACGUUCUGACCGCUUUAGGUGAAACCAAAUCAGGAGAAGAUAAGAGAUUUGCAGCGGACAAACAAGGCGACUAUGAGCGAGUUCUCGGACUCUUGUGGUCGACGCUGGAAGAUGCCUUCAGCUUCUCGACCGUGAUGAAACAAGAUAUUUCCAAUCUGAUUACGACUGGCGAACGGCCUACAAAAAGGCAGAUGCUGAAAUGUCUGAUGUCACUUUUCGAUCCACUGGGAUUCCUAAGCCUGUUUGUAGUACACGGGAAGAUUCUCCUGCAAGAAGUGUGGAGAACGGGAGCACAGUGGGACGAAAAGGUCAACGAUGAUCUUUACCUACGGUGGAAAAAUUGGACCCAACUGUUCGAAGCCGUUAGUCGACUCAAAAUACCUCGCUGUUACUUCUCAGGUGCAACCAAAGAACGGUAUCAAAAUCUACAACUACACCUGUUUGUAGACGCCAGCGAGUCGGCGUACUGUGCGGUUGCCUAUUUCCGGACGAUCAACAAUGAAGGAAUUCCCGAAUGUGCACUCGUGGCAGCCAAAACAAAGGUGGCCCCGCUGAAGACUCAAUCGAUUCCGCGCUUGGAACUGCUGGCCGCUGUACUUGGCGCACGAUUAUCGAAGUUCAUCGAGGAGAAUCAUACCCUGCGGAUCACCAGGAAGGUGUUUUGGAGCGAUUCAGCAACGGUCCUUUCAUGGUUACGAGCUGAUCAUCGAAGGUAUAAACAGUUCGUCGCGUGUAGAAUUGGAGAACUACUGACGAUCACCGAUGUGGACACUUGGCGUUGGGUUCCCUCCAAGCAGAAUCCGGCAGACAUUGCGACGAAGUGGGGAAGUGGUCCGGAUCUUAACGCAAACAGUGUCUGGUUCAAGGGUCCGGCAUAUCUUGGGAAGCCCGAAGCAGAGUGGCCCACGCAAACUAUUUCUACGCCACCCACGGAAGAUGAGCUUCGCCCAUGUUAUGCGCACAAAGCGAUACAGAUCCCGGAACAGCUGGUAGACAUCACCCGCUUUUCUCGGCUAUCCAGAGCAGUUCGCGCUGCCGCCUAUGUAUAUCGUUUCGCUGAAAAUCUGAAGCAGAAAAUCGCUGGGCGCGAACGGUUCGUAGGUCCUUUGACCUCCGAGGAACUUCGAAAAGCAGAGAGUCUGCUUAUACGCGACGCCCAAUGGCAAUGCUUUCCGGAUGAAUUGAUGGUUCUACAACGAAACAGUUUGAAGCCGGCGACCGAGCAAACACCGUUAGAGAAAAGCAGCGCCAUUUUUCAACUCUGUCCAAUCUUGGACGAUCAGGGCAUUCUUCGAGUGGACAGUAGAAUCGGAGCGGCUCCAAACAUCGAUAGGGAAGCAAAGUUCCCGGUUAUCCUUCCAAGAAAACAUGCGCUGACUACUCUACUGCUAGAUAACUACCAUCGUAAAUACCGUCAUGGGAAUACCGAAACAGUAGUCAACGAAGUCCGUCAACGAUACUACGUUCCACGACUCCGGACGGCGGUAAGCAGUAUGGCCAAGACUUGUCAGUGGUGUCGAGUCUACAAGUGUUCACCGAAGAUUCCUCGCAUGGCACCGUUACCUCUGGCUCGGAUGGCCUCCUUUGUAAAACCCUUCACGUACACGGGUCUGGACUUCUUUGGACCGCUGACAGUGAAGAUCGGAAGGAGCAACGCGAAACGCUGGAUUGCUGUAUUCACGUGCCUAACAAUAAGAGCGGUGCACGUGGAAGUGGCGCAUAAUUUGACCACGGACUCUUGCAUGAAAUGUAUCCGACGGUUCGUCUGCCGCAGAGGGGCGCCUGCCGAAAUCUACUCGGACAACGGCACAAAUUUCCUGGGUGCCGCUAGAUUGUUGAAGGAGCAAGUAGAGCAACUAGCCGUCACUUUCACGGGAACUACUACCAAAUGGGUGUUUAACCCGCCAGGCACUCCGCACAUGGGCGGGGCAUGGGAGCGUAUGGUUCGCUCCAUUAAAACUGCUGUCGAGACGGCGUUCAACAACAACCGCAAGCUGGACGACGAAGCGUUGGUCACUUUCAUGGUGGAGGCCGAAUCCAUAGUAAACAGCCGGCCUUUAACCUAUCUGCCGUUGACGUCGGAAGAAAACGAGGCAAUAACUCCGAAUCACUUCCUGCUCGGCAACUCAAGCGGAGUCCGGCAACCGAUAGCUGAAGCAACAGAUCCGGCCGAAGCCUUAAGAUCGUCGUGGCAUCAACUGCAGCAUCAACUAGACGUUUUCUGGAGGAGAUGGAUAAGGGAGUACCUCCCCACCCUGACUAAGCGACCGAAGUGGUGUGGUGAAGUGGAUCCCAUAGCUGAAGGACAGUUAGUGCUGGUAGUUGGUGAGGGGCGAAGGAAUGAGUGGACAAGAGGUCGAGUUGUGCAAGCAAUCAAGGGGACAGAUGGGAGGAUUCGGCAAGCUAUCAUACAAACUGCAAAGGGGCUUGUGCGCAGGCCUGUGGCUAGGCUGGCGGUAUUAGAGGUAGAUGCUGGUAAAACUGGACCUGGUGGCCAGUGUUACGGGGGAGAGAGUGUUGAUUCUGGCAGCACUGUCGGUCACGAUACCGUGACGGUUGAACCGACCGAUGACAAGCCUGUCAGCGUGACAUGGGAAGAAAAGGGAAUGACAGUUGGACCAAUCAAAUGUCAUGCAAUGAAUUAG